AUGCAGUUCAAUCUUCAAAUAUGGAGUUUCCUGUGGCUCCUCUUGCGAUGCUCCACCAUAACAGCUCUUCCUUCCACAGAGAGAGUUUCUCGCGUCUUUGCAAAAAACCUCAUCUCUUCUGACUCCAUCACAAAACGGAACUCAGGCUUUCCUGAAUUCCUCUACCCCACAAAAUUUCCAGGAGUCACCUGGGACCACAGGAACUGGCGAUUAACAACGACAAAUCUCGACCAAGGCCACUAUCAAUCCCGCGGCUCCGUCGCAAAUGGAUACAUUGGCAUCAACGUUGCGGCAGUGGGGCCUUUUUUUGAACUCGACCAGCCUGUUGCUGGGGAUGUGAUAAAUGGAUGGCCAUUAUUCUCGCGCCGACAAACCUUCGCAACAGUUUCUGGCUUCUACGAUUUGCAGCCGGAAACCAAUGGCAGCAAUUUUCCUUGGAUGAAUCAGUACGGUGGGGAGAGUGUGAUUAGCGGAGUCCCUCAUUGGAGUGGUUUGAUACUUGAUCUAGGCAAUGACAACUAUCUUGACGCGAGCGUCAACUCAACUGAAAUCUCAAAUUUCAAAUCAACCUUGGAUAUGAAGGGCGGGUUGUUAAACUGGGAAUAUACUUGGUCUCCGACUGGUAAGGAGAUAUCGUUCGACAUCUCUUAUCAACUUUUCGCCCAUAAGUUGAACGUUAACCAGGCGGUGGUUAGCCUUGUCAUUACGCCCUCAGAUGAUGGAUAUGCGAAAGUAGUAAAUGUUAUUGAUGGCUUUUCAGCUGUAAGGACGCACUUUGUCGGUUCAGGAGAGGAUGGACGGGCUAUUUACUCGUCCGUUAGCCCAGUAGGUGUCGCCAACGUUACGAGUUACAUUUAUGCCACGUUGGCUGGCUCGAAGGAUGUGGAUCUGGCCUCGUUGAAAGUAGUUGAGAAUCUACCGUAUGUUCACACAAAUGACUCGUCUAUCGCCCAGGCCGUGAAUGUGAUGCUACGCGCCGGUCAGAAAGUCACCAUCUUCAAAUACGUGGGUGUAGCGUCUUCUGAUGGAUUUGAGAACCCAAGGAAAGUGGCCAAGGUCGCGUCUGCAAAUGCCGCCAAAGUUGGUUACGAAACCCUUUUAGAGUCUCACAUAGGUGAAUGGGCUACGGUUUUCCCCGAUCACUCCGUCGAUAACUUUACUCUUCCGGAAACGGGCUGGCUCCCUCUAGAUAGCCACAUUAUUGGAUCUGCCAUUACAUCCGUCACAAAUCCGUUUUACCUUCUCCAAAACACGGUUAGUGAAAAUGCAAUGCAAGCUGUCAACAACUCUCCGAUAAAUCAAGGCAGCGUUUCUGUUGGUGGCUUGACAUCAGAUUCAUAUGGUGGUCUUAUCUUCUGGGAUGCAGAUAUCUGGAUGCAACCAGGGCUCGUAGCCGCCUUUCCUCAGUCAGCCCAAUCGUUCACAAACUACCGUCUUGCUAAGUAUGGGCAAGCCCUUGAGAAUGUUCGUACUGCAUUUACCUCGUCAAAGAACCGGACUACGUUCUCUGAAGGCGCAGCUAUUUAUCCAUGGACUAGCGGACGGUUUGGGAAUUGUACAGGAACCGGCCCCUGUUUCGAUUAUCAGUACCACCUUAACGGCGAUAUUGGUUUGCAGAUGAUCAAUAACUGGGUGACGACUGGCGACACAGGGUAUUUUAAAGAGAAGCUGUUCCCAAUCUACAAUUCUAUGGCAAUUUUAUAUGCAGAUCUCCUAGAGAGGAAUGGGACAAAAUGGACGCUUACUAACAUGACGGACCCGGACGAAUACGCUAAUCAUGUUGACGGCGGGGGAUUCACAUUGCCCAUGAUGGCUACGUCGCUGCUUUACGCCAACUCUCUCCGCCAGCUGUUUGGUCUGGAACAGAACCAGACGUGGAACGAAAUGGCUGAGAAUGUACUCUUGUUGAGAGACCAGGUCGCGGGCGUUACCCUAGAGUACACAACCAUGAAUGGCAGUACCCUAGUAAAGCAAGCGGAUGUUGUCCUGAAUACGUUUCCGUUGAGAUAUACGAAUAACUACCUGCCGGACAACGAGCUGCGGGAUCUGGAUUAUUACGCUGCGAAGCAAUCUCCAGAUGGUCCUGGAAUGACAUACGCAAUUUUCUCCAUCGUCGCCAACGAAAUCUCACCCUCUGGUUGUUCCGCUUACACAUAUGCCCAGUAUUCCUACGACCCAUACAUGCGUGCCCCAUUUUACCAGUUCUCUGAACAGUUGAUAGACAACUGGUUAGAAAACGGCGGCACUCACCCGGCUUAUCCAUUCCUCACUGGAAACGGAGGGGCUAAUCAAGUCGCCCUAUUCGGCUACCUAGGUUUGCGUCUCCUCCCUGAUUUUGUCCUGCAUCUAGAUCCGAACAUACCUCCUCAAAUACCGCAUUUAUCCUUUCGCACCUUCUACUGGCGCGGCUGGCCACUCAAGGCCGUGUCGAACUAUACGCAUACAACCAUCCGGCGAUCGUCAGAUGUCCAACCCCUCCCAAAGGCAGAUCAAAAGUUCGCCAACGCCUCCAUUCCUGUCCAUGUCGGACCCGAGUCAAACGUAACCAUCUAUUCACUCCCUCCCUUUGGCGUACUCACCAUCCCCAACCGUAAAAUCGGCUCCCAUGCCACCUUCACCGGAAACAUGGUGCAGUGCCAACCCGUCUCGUCCCCAGACGAGUACAAACCGGGCCAAUUCCCCAUCGCAGCCGUCGAUGGCGCCGCCGCAACAAAAUGGCAACCUACAAAGGCGAACGCAACCUCUUCUCUAACCGUUUCUAUCCCAAAUGACGAAACUCUGGCAUUAAUUGGCGGCUUCGCUUUUGACUGGGCUCAAAGCCCCCCCGAAUCAGCUGCGGUCGUGCUGCAUGAUACGCCUUUAAAUCUGUCAACCCAGCAGGAUACAACAGACAAAAACAAAUCGUCAGCUGCUGGCCUAUCUGUCCCUUCAAUACCAGGAGCGCUCACCAUCACAACUCUCCCCACUAUUACUCUCUCAAACCCUUACAAUCCCAAAACGACAGACCUAAACCUCAUAGUGCCGUACACUUCCAAUACAACAAAUGUGACGCUUGUCAAGCCUGUGCGAGCCACCCGUUUCGCAACAUUGUUCAUAUGGGGAAAUCAGGCGUUGAAUGUUGUAGAUCGCGUGGCAGGGAAUGGAACCGGAGCGACCGUGGCGGAAUGGUCUAUUUUUAAAGCUCAAGAGAGCCGGAAGGAUUAG